GGAUGUUAAGUUUCGUUUUCCAGACUAUCAGCUGCUGCGGGGCAUAAAUACUGAGACUGCAGAGACACAUCCAGAAGUCAAACGUCGCUUCACCUGAACAGAUACCAGAAACUCAUCAGAUAUCAAAAUCAUCAUUUAACAACAUGAGCAGAUCUACAGAAUGGGUUCCUUCCCUGUGGUUGGACACCUUUGAUGAGUUGCUGGACGAUGACAAUGAGCUGGAUUAUGGAGAUCAGUGGAGUCUCAACUUUAACUACACCCAGACAGACACAGUCACCAAGGAAGAGAGGAAGAGAGGUUGGAAGGUCUACUGCCACCGUGCAUAUGGAAAUUUCCAGUGUCCAUCCUGCAACAAGACCUGGCCUUCGGCACGGGUGGUGGUGUUGUUCCGCUACCGGCUGCGUGGCGACCGGGGGACAGUGAUCAUGCGUCCCUUUGGACAGGCCUGCCGCCGUUGCCGAGAUGACGAGUUUGAGCUCCCUGGUUUUUCCAGUAAGGUGGUGGAGGAGGCCUUGCUCAGGCUGUUCAGCAAAAUCCGGAAGAAUUGCUACGGAGAUGAGGAUGAUGAUGAUGACUCUUCAGCAGGCUCUACCAAGGUGUGGACCAAACCACACGAGGCUUCCCUGUGUCAGGCUUGCAUUAUGGGCAUUUGCUGUCAGGAUGGUGACUAAAAGUGUGUCUGGGUGUUUUUUUGCUUUUACCGAUUUGUGACCAUUAGUCCUCAUAGGUACCAAAGCCUGGUACUAAUGACGCACAACGUGAAGUCCUGGUUAUUAAAGUUAGAGUUAAGGUCAAGGUUUGGCUGUUCUCAAUGAAUGGAAGUCGAUGCAAUGUCCUAACAAGGACAGCAGUUUGCACAGGCUUUUUUUAUCUUAACAUUUUUAUUAAUAUGUAGGUUAAUGAUGUGAUGUGAAAAUGAUAUACUGCCAGGACCAAAGAGAAGAUUGUUAUAGUAAAUAUAUAUAUUUGUAUGUUUUUUGUAUUUUUGUUGCUACCAAUAAAGUCUUAAGUUUGA